UCCACUGCGGUAACGGUGUCGUUAAAUCUGUUGAACGCGUCUAGUCGUCGCGCGUUCAGUGAAACGCCGGUCGGUCUUCAGUCCGCUUGCAGCCGCUGGUGUAUUGGAGUCGGUUCGGGCGUCCGUGGAUUGCCUCAAUACCUCCACGAUAAGCCCCUUCUGUUCUUUAAGUUCAAGAAAUCACCCGGAGCCCUCGCCGUAUCGUCUUUGACUCUUACCGGGGAUCAGUGUAUAUUUGUCGGCGCCGGCGGAGCGCGGAAUCUUACAGGAUAAUGUUGAUCGUUUUUGUAUAAAACAGCUCCAGCGGUUCCGGUCAGUCAAACUUUACCUCAGAGAAGAUCACGGUGGAUAACUCGCGUGUGUUUUGUGUAUUUAUUCAGUUUUUACCCCAGAAAGUGAUGGCGGGGCGAGGACGAGCACUGCUCGUGCUGUUCGCGGGUCUCACCGUUUUCCGGUUCGGCGGAGCGAGUAAAGGUGUUGGGAUUCAGAGCUUCACCUCCUUCAGGUUCUCUGUGGAACCCGUGGACACGUUGGCCGUUCGAGGUCUGCCCGCGGUUCUGAACUGCUCUGCCGUCAGCGCCGCUCCGGUCAGGGUGGAGUGGAAGAAGGACGGGACCUUCCUGAAUCUGGCAGCGGAUGACCGGAGACGACAGCUGCCCGACGGCUCUCUCUUCAUCAGCACUGUGAUUCACUCCAAACAUAAUAAACCUGAUGAGGGCGUCUAUCAGUGUGUGGCCACCAUCUUGAAUCUGGGCACCAUCAGCAGCCGAACGGCCAGACUCACGGUGGCAGGACUGCCGCGGUUCCUCAGUCAGCCGGAGGGCGUGUCCGUUCGUGUGGGCGGGACCGAGAUGUUGAACUGUGAGGUUACGGAGGAGCUGGCCCCGUUCACGCGCUGGGAGAAGAGCGGUGGAGCUGUGGAUGUGGACUCUAGGGUCACACAGCUGUCCGGCGGAGCUCUGGUCAUCAGUAACGCCUCUCAGAGCGACGCCGGACUUUACCGCUGCAUCAUUGACGGUGUGGGAGCGGCCAAAACCAGCGAGGAGGCGGAGCUACAGGUGUCCUCAGACUCCACUGUUGAAGAAAGACUGGAGGUCCUCCGGGGUCCGGUUGCCGUGGCGAAGGUUGUCGGGGAGGACGUGUUGUUGCCAUGCGUGAUGAAAGGUCAUCCAGUUCCGGUUAUUCGCUGGACUUUUAACGGGAGGCCGGUUGAUGAAGGCAGUGAACGCUUUGCUGUGAUUGGUGGAGGCAGCCUGCAGAUUGUUAACCUGACAGAAGAGGAUGCUGGGAUAUACAGCUGCCAGGCAGAUGGAGGAAACGCCACCAAUGAGAUUCAGGCAGAGCUGACUGUGCUGGUUCCUCCAAGCUUCCUCACGAGACCCUCCAACACUUACGCUCAAGAGUCUAUGGACAUCGUCUUUGAGUGUGAUGUCACAGGCUCACCGCCGCCCACUGUCAGAUGGAUGAAAGACGGAGACACGGUCAUCCCGAGCGAUUAUUUCAGAAUAGUGGAGCAGCACGAUCUGCAGGUGUUGGGUUUGGUGAAGUCAGACGAGGGCUUUUAUCAGUGUUUAACAGAGAAUGAUGCUGGAAACAUUCAGGCCAGCGCACAGCUCAUCAUACUGGACUUAGACGUUGCCCUUCAUUCUGCUCUUCCUUCACUGACUGAUGCCACUGCUGACCAUGUAGCGUCCGGUCCUGUCGAUGGCCCCGUCCCGUCUGCGCCGCGUGAUGUGGUGGCGUCUCUGGUGUCCACGCGCUUCAUCAAACUCACCUGGAGACUUCCUGCUGAAGCUCACGGAGAAAACAUCACCUUCUCCGUCUUCUACAGUCUAAACGGCACCAACAGGGAGCGUGUGGAGAACACCAGCGCCCCGGGAGAGAUGCAGGUCACCAUACAGAACCUCGUCCCUGACACCAAGUACACCUUCAGGGUGGUCUCCUCCAAUGCCAACGGCCCGGGAGAGAGCUCCACCCCGCUUACAGUGGCCACUCAACCUGAGGUUCAGCUGCCGGGACCGCCUCCAAACGUUCAGGUGAUGUCUGUGGGCUCAACAUCCGUCACACUGAGCUGGGAGAGACCGCUGACGGGCAACGGAGAGAUCCACACCUAUAAACUCUUCUGCAGUGAGACGGGUCAAGACUCGGAGCAGGACACAGAUGUGACGCAGGCUCUGUCUUACACCGUGACGGGACUCAAGACCUUCACAGAAUACACCUUCAGAGUUGUGGCGUAUAACAGACACGGGCCUGGAGUUUCUACAGAAGACGUGACUGUGCGGACGCUGUCUGACGUACCGAGCGCUGCUCCUCAGAACGUCACACUGGAGGUCCUCAACUCAACGAGCAUCAUGGUCCGCUGGCAGCCGCCUCCGUCGGGCAGUUUGAACGGAGAGCUGAUGGGAUAUAAAGUACGCUAUCGUAAAGGACUGCGGAGGGCAGAUUCAAUGGAGAUCACAACAACCCAACUCUCUCAAAUCAUUGACGGUCUGGAGAGAGGGAAAGUUUACACCUUCAGAGUUUCAGCCGCUACAGAAAACGGGUCUGGACCGGCCUCAGAAUGGACUGCAGCAGAGACCUUUGAGAACGAUCUGGACGAAUCACAGGUGCCGGGCAUGCCCAGUUCUCUUCACGUCCGUCCGCUGGUGAACAGAAUGGUGGUGAGCUGGACUCCUCCGGAGGAUCAGGAGGUUUUAGUGCGAGGUUAUAAGAUGGGUUACGGUCUGGGCAGUCCUCACGCACACACCGUCGCUCUGGAUUAUAAACAGCGCUUCUACAGCAUCGACAACCUCGAUGCUGCUUCACAUUACGUCAUCACACUGAAGGCCUUUAACAACAUGGGUGAAGGGAUUCCCAUCUACAACAGCGCAACAACCAGACCACAAUCCGACCCCGCAGACCCCGACAUUGAUUUUUAUGAACUCUUUAAUAACCCAUACACCCCAGCACCUGACCCUACACCCAUGCUGCCCCCGGUGGGCGUUCAAGCUUCCGUCCUCAGUCAUGACACCAUCAAAGUCAGCUGGGCCGACAACUCGCUGGCCAAGAACCAGAAGAUCACUGACUCCAGAUAUUACACCGUCAGAUGGAAGACCAACAUCCCCGCCAACACAAAGUAUAAGAUGGCAAACACAACGUCUCUGUUCCACACGGUCACGGGUCUGAAGGCAAACACUCUCUAUGAGUUCUCUGUGACGGUGACCCGGAGCCGCAGGAGCAGCACGUGGAGCAUGACGGCACACGCCACCACACUUGAGACCAUUCCCAGCUCAGCACCUAAAGAUGUGACUGUGAUCAGUAAAGAAGGAAACCCACGAAUCAUCAACAUCAACUGGCAGCCGCCCACUGAAGCCAACGGCAAAAUCACAGGGUACAUCAUCUACUACAGCACUGAUGUGAACGCCGAGGUUCAUGAUUGGGUGGUGGAGCCGGUGGUGGGGAAUCGUCUCACUCAUCAGAUUCAGGCUCUGACUCUAGACACCAGAUAUUACUUUAAGAUCCAGGCCAGAAACUCCAAAGGCACGGGUCCGCUGUCUGACGCGCUUCUGUUCCUCACGCCUAAAGCUGAACCUUCUGACAAGAUGUCCAGCGAUCAGGGUCUGCAGGUGAAGCCCGGACAUCCCGUCCCCCCCGGUCACGGCAUCGGAUCCAACAUCGAUAAGCCGGGCAUCACAGGCAGUCAUGAGAAUCACAUUCUGGUGAUUGUUGUGAUAGUUUCAGUGGGAGUUUUUAGCAUCAUCGCUGUGGUCGUGGGGGCCGUCCUGUGCACGCGGCGAUCUCACUCGCACCAGAAGAAAAAACGUGCGGCCUGUAAAUCCAUCAGCAGCAGCAGCGGCUCUCACAAAUACAAGAGUUCCUCUAAAGACCUGAAACCUCCGGAUCUGUGGAUUCAUCACGAGCGGCUGGAGCUCAAACCCAUGGACAAAUCACCUGAGCCCAACACAGUCAUGACUGACACACCCAUUCCUCGGACCGCCCAGGACACGCCCACAGAGCCUGCCCACCAGAGACGAGGACAUGAUGUGGAGGAGAGUGUGAACACACUGGCUGGUCGCAAGGCAGCGAAACCAAAAAUAUUGAUGCCAUUUGACUCGGCGCCGCCCCAGCCUGUGAUCACCGCUCACCCCAUCACUUCUCUUGAUCAUCUUCAUCCUACACCGUGUGGUUAUCUUCAUCAUCAGAUCAGUCUGAGAGUUCCUGCCACUGCAAAAUGUGUGAGGAAUCAGGCAUCUGUACCAGAACCGCCGCUCGCUCCCAGUCAGCCCGCCAGUGCAGCUGAACUCCAGAAGACAGAAGCGCUGAUCAAAGAGGUAGACCUGCCCAGCGCCAACCCACCGACCGCUCACGUUCGGCCGACACACCCCCUCAAGAGCUUCGCCGUGCCAACGGUCACCGUCUCCGCCCACACCUAUGACACAACAUUACCCAGCAUCCCUCUGCUGACACAGCCGGUUGCUGGUGUUAAAAUGCCGUCUAUCGGAACACUGAACCGAGCACGCGCACCAGUGGCAGUAACGGUCCCCAGUGCACCUGCCCAAUCAGAAACCAGUAAGAUGUUGUUACAGACAGAUAUGACGUAUGAGACAGACGAGCUGUCGGAGGAGAUGGCUCAUCUGGAGGGUUUGAUGAAGGAUCUGAACACCAUCACUACGACCUGAAGCACAGAUCUCACACACGCUCACUCUUCUCAGGAAGAACAAGACAUUCUUAAUAAACUCUGAUCCCAGGUCAGCUUUAAACAUGAGGAACACGAUUAUCAAAGAUGGAUAACAGCAUCAUCUCUUCCCUCCUGCGUGGAGAAAGGCACAAAAUAAUCCUUGAAGAAUUGGACUGAAUGCUGUUCUGCACAAAAAACAAACACACAUAUGUUUAACCUCCUUUUGGGGUCGUAUUCACAUCGUUCAUAUUUUGAUCUUGUAUGUGUUCUUCUUCACUGUCUAUAGGAUCAUUUUAGAUUGUGUUUUUUGGCUCUCAUUCAUGAAGAACGGUGAAUUUUUAUUAAAAAUAGUUUUACAUGAAUUGUAAGAUGAAAAUGAAUUUACUGAUUCUCCUUGAGAUCUGAUGUUGUUCAUGUAAGAAUGUUUUUUUCACUAUGUCUUAAACUGUCAACAAGUGAAAUCAGUGAGAUGAUGUCAUCAGACUCCAGUAGCAUGAAAGGUCAGAUUAUGCAUAAAAACAGACAAAUGCGUGACGGAUCUUCAUUUUAAAUCCAGUGACGUGAACAUUUGGUGCUCCAGUAUCUCCUCAAAGACAAGACCGUUUGUGGGGGCAGAGAGGAUUCUGGGAUGCCACGUGACUCCAGCUUUUCUAAUCUGAGCGAGAGAAAUCAAAACAACCGCAUAUAUUUGCUUGCAUUAAUACUUUGUACACUCCCGAAAAAGGACAAUUUUAUAUAUUCAUGGUUUGCUUUGUUUUUAUAUGAAGACCACACAUGUUCCAUGUAGGUUAUAAUGAAAUAUUUUGCGUUGUGCUUUUCUCCCAAAGAACAUAUUGAGGAUAAACGCUUUGCUCAUGUACAGUUUGAAUGUCAGUGUGACUGUAAUGAGUUCUGCUUUGUUGUUUGUGUUUACAUUAACCAGAUAAGAUUGAAAGAAGCUCAACAACAUACUGAACCGUGUUGAAAACUGUCAUUUGCACUUUUUAUAUGGAUUUGAAAUUGCUGAUGCCAUGUGAAAUAUCAACCUAUUUUAUGUAAUAAUAAUAAUAAUGUCACAAGUAAACAGCUGGUUUUAAAGACAAACAACUCGAUUUUGUACUUAUUUUUCAAUUGU